AUGGCGCUCAAGCUAAAAUACAAAGACGAACACGGCGUAGUCCACAUCAAUAUGAGUCCCACAGCCAGUCCCAAGGAACCAGACAAAGACAUUGCAGACCCAAAAUUCGACACCAUAAACAACAGAUUCGCACAGUACGACCUUUUUGGUGGGAAAUACGACGUGGACUCUGGUGGGGAGACACCUCGCUCACUCUUUCGUAGCCGUUACAACAGUAUUGAAGAAGAACUGGCCAAUACGCCUUACGCAUUCACCACGGAGCGCUCGCUCCGUCUGAACAGCGCGAACAAAUUAGAUAUUACUAUACAAUCGCGUUUAGACCACAUUUCUCCUUCGAAGGACAUUGAAGACGAUAGAUUUUUUAAAAGAAAAUUAAGUUUAGAGUACGAUGAAUCGUUAUUCGGACCGCAAAUCGAUUUUAAAGUGACUGAUAAAGAUACUCCAGCGUUUACAGUGACGCAACUGAUCCAUGCUCAGGAUCGAUAUUUUGAUCUUUCCGGGAGACAAUCGGAGAGUCCUUGUGGUGUUAAAGUGUGUUCUGAUGUGCUUGUGUCUACUCCUCGGGAUGGUGAUGAGGCGUUUAGGGUUCUAGGUGAUGUGAAGGCUAAAGAAGUUGCGGCUAAACCGUGA